AUGUCAAAGGUUGCAACUGCCCACCGAGAUGGUGUAAAGCUGAUGGAAUUAUUUGGAGGAUCAAGGAAAAAGAACAUUUUCCUGUGGCUUACAAAUCCAGCCUCAAAUAUCUCGACAUCCAUAGUAUCAACUCCAAUCCCUUCAUCGACCCAACCUAAUCUUAUUCCUCCACUAGCCCAAACUAACCCCACUCCUCCACUAACCCAACCUAAUUCCCCCAUUCCACUUGCCCAAACUAACCACACUCCUCCAUUAACCCAACGUAAUCCCGCCAUUCCACUUGCCCAACUUAACCCUAAUCCUCCACUAGCCCUAAUGAACCCUGCUCCUCCACUUGCCCAAUUUAACCCCACUCUUCCACCAGCCCAAACUAACUCCAACCCUCCACUAGCCCAACCUAACCCCACCAUUCUACUGGCCCAUCCUAACCCCAAUCCUCCACUAGCCCAACCUAACCCCACCCUGCCAUUUGCCCAACCUAACCCCACUCCUCAAUCAUCCCAACCCAGCUUUGCUCCUCCACUAGCUCAACCCUAA